GGGACCCGGUGGGAUGGUUUGGGAUUGGACUCGAGGAUGUCGGAGAUCAUCUCCAACCUUAAUGAUUCUAUGAUUCUAAGGCUCCCACUUACAGCAGCUCUCCAGUCGUCUUAGUUUCAACAGGAGGCUCAUCCCCACGCCCCCAGGUUGUCAGCCGUGGAGGUGAUGCUCCAACCUGCAGCCUCAUUCCAGCCCUUGGUGGAAACCAAGCUCAGCGUGCAGGAGGAGCAGGUCGGGCAGCACAGCCCUCUGUUGUCUCAGUGCUUCAGAUCCGAUCCAGAUUGGUGAGCCACAGGUUGGAUGAAUUUCAUGUGGGCCGUAACCAUUCGAAUCCUGUGGUGCCGGUUUAGCAAUGGAAAGAGUGUAAAAAUCUGUAGACUUUUUGGAUGCUUUUGGCAUAUGUCUCUCCAUCUGCACUUAGAGCAUGGGGACGAUACAGCUAAAAACACAUUUGCUGAUAACACCGCGUUUAUUCCCCCCCCCCCCCCCCGUGGAGUGCAAAUACCUGUAAGACUUUUUAACUGGGGGAGCAAACAACCUUUCUAGGGUGUGAUGUUUUUUUUUUUUUUAAAUAGGAUUUCCUCCAUCUCAAGCAAGUCUGCUCUGCAAGCCUCCCGAGGGUCCCUCCUUGAGUGGAGGUCGGUCCAGAUGGACCUGGAGGAGCCUCCAACCUCCACGGUGAUGGUUGAGUGUAGACCUUUGGCUUCACAUCCCCGUGGCAGGAGCGCAGCUGUCACAUCGCUGCUUUCAUCUCAGCUCCACUCAUUCAUCUCAACGCUACGUGGCUGCUGGGAUCCUGCCUAGCAGCAGCAGCUUUUUUUAACAAAAUGCUGUCGUAGCUCUGGAGUAUUUUUUUUUUUUUCCCCCCUGUGAUUCUUUCAUCAUAUUGACAACUCAAAGUGCUGACCCGCAGCUCUCCGUCCGGGCCCAAGACUUCUCCUGACAUGACAAGAGGUUCCUUGGGUGCCUUCAGCUCAAGGAUUUCACCCUGAAAUGUAGAAUGUUUGGGGCACUAUUUGUAGAAUAUUUGUUCCAGCUCAGUCUGCUCUGAUUGUUUUACAAAUAGGGAUCAAAUAGCUUUCGGCCUGAGGCGUGUAAGGUUAGAAGCUGUCUGGCAAGCCGUGGGUUGAAAUUACUGAGAGAGGUAUCAGUAGCUCGUUAAGAUAGCUGGUAGGUCCUUAUUCUCUCUGGUGCGUUUGUAGAGCUGUGGCAUACAGCUGGCUCUGGUUGCAGUGAAUUUGUAGAACCCUCGGGGUUGGAGAAGACCUCCACAAUCAUCAAGUCCAACGGUUGACCCAUCCCCACCAUGCCCAUUCCUAGGACUGCAGAAUGACUAAGGUUGGAAAAGACCUCUGGGAUCACUAAGUCCAACAGUUGACCCAUCCCCACCAUGCCCAUCCCUAGGACUGCAGAAUGACUAAGGUUGGAAAAGACCUCUGAGAUCACCAAGUCCAACAGUUGACCCAUCCCCACCAUGCCCAUCCCUAGGACUGCAGAAUGACUAAGGUUGGAAAAGACCUCUGAGAUCACCAAGUCCAACAGUUGACCCAUCCCACCAUGCCCAUUCCUAGGACUGCAGAAUGACUAAGGUUGGAAAAGACCUCUGAGAUCACUAAGUCCGACAGUUGACCCAUCCCCACCAUGCCCAUCCCUAGGACUGCAGAAUGACUAAGGUUGGAAAAGACCUCUGGGAUCACUAAGUCCAACAGUUGACCCAUCCCCACCAUGCCCACUAAACCAUUGUUAUAUUGUUGUACUGUCGCUAAAACCCUAAAAGACAGAACUACAGGAGACCUCAUCCUGAAUCUGAUGCUGGGGUGUGAGUUGAAGGAAGUCAAGGAGCUGAACUGGGAUCCUCUGUGCCAAAGGUGGAACGAAGGGUUCAUAACCCACCAUGUUUCUUGGCUGUGUUGGGAGGACGUGAACUCAAAUGCCUUUGAGGCGAAUAUCUCCUAAUGGUUUCAGUAUCUUUAAUAUCACUAAGCAUCCGUUAUUUUCCCGUUCCCUAAGUGAUGUAUCUUAAUCCUACAGUUUGCUGGAAUCUAAUUGCUGUGGUCUUCUGCGAGCGUGGGCUCUCGGUGGAUCUUUGGCCUGGAGCUACCAGAGCGUGGCUGCCUCCUGUUUUCUAAAGGCUGUCCUUAUGGGAGCAAUGGACGGAUCCAGGAGGCUGUGGGUCUGGGAUGGGACACCAGUUAGCAGCUGUAAUGCAGUUAUGGGCGAAAUAAUUCAGCUGUAACGCAGUUAUGAGCAAGAUAACGUAGUCCAUAGCAUUCAAAAGGAAAUUCAUGGUGUUCCGUACUGUUAAGUACCCCACAUAUCACAGUGGGAGCCUUCUUGCCAUGGAGGUGAGCAGUUGGGUGCUGUGAGGCAAGGCCCAAUUAACUACAGAUCAAUAGCGAUCAAUUAAAACCAGUGCUCUGGACCUGGGUUACAGAACUCUGAGGCCUUUCCUUUCCUUUUCUUUUCUUUUCUUUUUUUUUUUUUUUUUUUUCUUUUGAGCUCAUUUUUUGACAUCGCCUCCUGACUUUGCUUGUGGCUACGCAAAACCUUAAGGCUGUUUUGACUUGAGCUACAUCCUCUCUGAGUGACCCAUUCACUUCAUGGUCACUUCGUCAUCUUUUCCUUCUGACGUGUCCCUGGGAGGUGUUUAGACGGAGAAUAGAAAGGCACGAAUGCCCAUGAGGGCUACGGAAAGUACAGGGGUCAAUGAGCGGAAUCAUUAAUGGUGGAGGAGACCUCCAAGAUCCCCGAGUCCAACCACAACCCAUCCCCACUGCGGCCCUAAAUAGAACCAUAGAAUGGCUAAGGUUGGAGAAGACCUCCGAGAUCCCCCAAAGUCCAACCCCAACCCAUGUCCCUAAAUAGAAUCAUAGGAUCACUAAGGUCAGAGAAGACUUCAGGACCAUCGAGUCCAACCCCAACCCAUCCCUGCUGUGUCCCUGAUCCAUGUCCCCAAGUAUAACAUCUCUACAAUCCUUGACCACCUCCAGGGAUGGUGACUCCACCACCUCACUGGGUGGAUUGUUUCAGUGUCUGAGCACUCUUUUGGAGAAAUUAUCCCUAAUAUCCAAUCUGGCACGACUUGAGGCCAUUCCCUAGGGUAAGGGAUGAGCAAUAAAUGGCUGAAAUCCUACCACAGAUAGGUGGGCACUAAGUUGUAGUGAGGAGUCAUGGUGUCAAGAAGGCAUAACCAUGUAGAAGCACAAGGGAAGACAGCGUGGCUGCGGUGUUAAUAGAGAGGGACGUAAAAUUGCAAGAAGAAAAAUGGAUGUGAAGAGAGAGAGGAUGCUCCAGGCGAUGUGUCAGGUCGGUGUGUGGGGAGAGGGUUGUGGAGGGGUGUUGAUAGUGAUGAGAAGUGAAGGGAGUGCAGGCUCAGGAAGUUCGGUGGGGCUGCAAUGGAUGUGGGCAGCACGUCGGUGCGUGAUGGACGUUUGCCUUUAAUGAAGCCCGUUUGGGUACGGUAGCGGAAACAGAGAACACAAAACCUGGCAUAGGGAGAAUUAUCAUCUCAUCCUUGGUUGUUUUUUGUUGGUGUUUUUUUUUUUUUUUUUUUUUUUUUUAGCCGUUCUUGUCCUGGAAAGCCAUGCAGUUUGGAAUGCCUCCAAGGCAUUGGGUCAGGCAGCGCAGAAAUGCGUGAGUUUAGGAAUUACUGCCCCGGAGAUUUGCUGCAGGAUGGAGGUUGGAUUGGAGCGACGCACAGCACUGUCUGAUUUAUUCCUCUUUUUCAGCCUUGACUGAAGCGUUUGCAAGGAUGAAGGAGGAGGGGGAGAAAUAAAGGGCUGUGAUUGCAAAGGGAAUCUUUUUGAAGGUUAAGUAUCUCUGCUGCUUUAGAAGAGCCAUCGGACCGUUGCCUAAGCAAGAUGAAUCAAACCUGAAUGGACAAAGCAGAGCUGGUCGGUGCCGGGCUCUGCUUGGUGCCUUGCUGGAGAUUCUGACUGAUAUGAGCAGGUAAAACAAAGCUGCCAAUGUUCUCACACGCCGCUUUCUUCUUUAUUCUGCUCUCCUGAAAGUGACGCGGUGCCUUUCAGAGAGAGCUGCGGAGAUGCUCGGAGUAUUUUUGGCUGAGAAGGGUAACGAGGUCUUAAUGCAGCAAUCCACUGAUACAGGAAAUGAAAAGAUAGGUAGAGCUUGAGUUAAAAAUCCAAGCAUGGCAGCACACAGGAGCAGGAAUGCCGACGUGGAGGCUCUCAUCCAUAUUCUCCCGGCCCUCCUUUUGUUCUGGGGCUGGGUGGCACAGUGGUAGCGCAAUGGAGGGUGCUUUGUACCUCGGUACUUUGAAACAUCUCUGCAUGCUUUCGAGAGCCCAAAGCUUAGGAGUUCAGUAGAUUUCCAGCGAGGGGAAAGGCGUGCUCGGGAGUGUCCAGGUGGCUGUGCCAACUGUUUAUCUCCUGGAGAUGAAUACACGUUGUUAAGUGUAGACCCUUCCAACUUGGCCUUGCAAGUUUUGUGUGCUUCAAUGAAUGCCACCGCUCCGAGAUUAACGCUCACAAAUCUUUCCUGCGUUUAAAAAGGAUAUGCAUCCAACUACUCUGUUUGGAGCAGAUUUUGAUGCCCAACUCCAGAGCUCUCAGGUCAGAGGAGGGAGAAAGAAGAAGAAUUGGAAAUAUUGAAUAUUUCAUAAGCCGCAGCCCAGGAAAAAAUUCUAAUGCGGCAGUAAUAAGAUUUGGGUUUUAGAGCCCGCUAUUGAUUUGUCAUUAAAAGCUGUCAUGCUCUGCGUCCAUCGCACAAGGAGGGGCAAAAGUAAAUGCUUUAUAAAUAAAUUUCUGAGGACACGCAGAGUGCACUUGGAAUAAUGACUGGACCACAGCAACAUCGUGCUUUGGCUGUUAACGAUGUGUGAGUUUUAUUUCUACUUCAAGUCACUGUGAGACUUAAUUUUUCGUGUUUUGAGUGCAAAUAGGCAAAUAGGGAAGCGCCAGGGUCUCUUCUGGGCCGCUGCUUUGGGGGGCAGCUGAGAGGUGCCCUACCUCUUCCCCGGUUGGGAGCCCAGCCUUGUUUAUAGGGGAGCGAGCAAGUUUUAGUCAUUGCCUGUCAGAGGACAGCAGGCUCCUUCCAACUGCCAGCAGUUUGUGUCUGGGGAGGCUGAUGGAGCUGAGCAGGCGCGUUGGGCACAGCCAUUGCCGAUACUGCCUGCGGUGGAGGUGUUGCUUAGGGCCGUCUCGACGGCACGCUUGACUUGUGUUCAGUGCUUGUGGUGGUUUGUGCUCUUCGCUUGAUGUUCGUUGCCUCAGCCAUCUGGAACAGUCAUUUCUCGAGGUUGGAGAUGGAACCAUUAAGGUUGGCAAAGGCCUGAAGAUCACUGAGUCCAUCCGUCAAGCCGUGGUUGAUCUGCUGGGGAUUCGCCUUUGGGCUUUUCGAUGCGCUGUCCAACAAGCUCAGCCUGAGCUGCUUCUCCAGUUUCCUAGAAUCACUGAAUUGUAUUUGAAUAAUCGUUGGCAACCAGCCCGCGGCAAUGGGGCUGGAACUGGAAGAUCUUCAAGAUCCCUUCCAACCCAAGCCAUUCUUUGGUUCUGUGCUUUCCGCGCUCCACGGCACAAUUAUUUGGGCUUAUGGCAUCUCACGUGUGACGGUGCUGAGGAUUUGUGCUAGGGCGAAGGGUGGUGGCCUCAAGUUGUGCCAGGGGUGUUUAGGUUGGAUAUUAGGGAAAAAAAAAAAGUCUCCAAAAGAAUGGUGAAGCGUUGGCACGGGCUGCCCAAGGGCGGUGGUGGAGUCACCAUCCAUGGAGGUGUUCAGGAAUCGUGGAGAUGUGGCGCUGGUGGUUAGUGGACGUGGUGGGAUGGGUUGGGGUUGGAUUUGGUGAUCUUGGAGAUCUUUUCCAACCUUAAUGGGAUUUCAGAUGAAAUGCUGUUUUCUUCUUUCUGGGCACGUCCGUGAUGUUAAGCAGUGGGCACGGAACAGGCUUCCCACGGCGGUGGGCACGGCCCUGAGCUCAAGGAGUGUUCAGGCACUGCUCCCAGGGUUUGGGUUUUGAGUGGCCAGGAGUUGGACUCCAUGGUCCUCGUUGGGUCUCUUCCAACUUGAUUGUGUCAACAGCCACGCUUCAUGGAUUUCCUUUCCUAAAAGUAAAGUCUCAUCACUCGCCAUGCAGCAUCUCCAAAGCCAAAAUGACUCCUCAUUGAUCUGCAUUGAUUUUGGACAGCACUGAAGCCCAGCUCUUCCUUCAGAUGCUGCUGCUUCUGUUCCUGGCUCCUCACCAGAUUCAGGUUCUUUGGGCACGUAACCCUACAGCCGAGCUCUCUCCCUUCUGCAGAUGUUCAUCUUCUGUUGCUGGCACUGAGAACAAGUUGUGCUUAGCAUCUGAUCAGGCCAUGGCUGCUGCUCGGCGGAGGGCAGAUAACAAGAUUUACUACAAACCGAGUGCUCGGUUUAACUCGUAGUCCUAUUUGCAGUGAUCUGCUCAUCCAGGUGUCUUAAAAUAAGUCGGCGAAGGGGCAGAGGAUCUCACCUGCAGGUGGAACAAGGCUUGAAUGCAAACAGUGCGGUGCUGGGGCUUUGCGACUGUAUCAUGACUUCAAAGGGGUUUUUGCUGGAUUUUUUCCAGAGGAGCCCUUCAGAUCUACAGAGUUAUUCCCUUUUCCUUUGAUUGUUGGCUGACAGCGGUGAUUUUUCAUUUUAUUGUUUUGCUGAGCAGCUCUUUCUUUGAUUGCCUCCGCGUUAGAUCAACUUCCUCACCAGGAUCUCAGAACCAACGCCUUGGCAUAGCCAUCCUGAGCUGACUGCAGCUUUCUUCUAUGUGUGCGUUUCUGUAAACUUGCCUUUCUCUGUGAUAUAUCCCAGGCUCAGGCUGUGCAAACCCUGUGCUUCUGCUGGUGGAUGUUUCCUCUUUCUGCCGCGCUGCAUGCAGAGAGCACUCGGGUAUCGAGUUGCAAGCGCUGAGACAGGCCAAGCAAGUUCUGAAGGCAGCGUCUCAUUCAUUCCUGCACAGCUGUGCUCCCUCCAGCUCCAAAAAGCAUCCUGAUCCGGUCCCAUAUCCUGCAAAGCAACAAACUUUCCAUCAGAUGCCUCUAAGAGGUGUCUCGGUGCUGAUUUGGGUAACCUUCCUGCACGAUGCUUUUGCUCCGGGGCUCCGAUUAGUGAGCAAAUUGCAGCUCUGCAGUCUGCAGACUGCGCCUUAUCGUGCUGCCUUGCUUGGGUUCAAGGCACUGCCUUGGCUUUGUAAUUGCAAAUCCCUUCGUUUCCUCUGCCCCGUUUUCCCCAGCAUUGCAGGGAGGACAUGGAUAGAAGAGAAAAUCUCUCUCUCCCACGGGGACAGAAGUCUGAUUUGCUCACGUCAAGCAUCUCCCUAUAAUCAAACCUUCCUGGCUCUUUGUUCUGCUGCUUAUUACGGGAAGGGGAUGCUGCUGGGAAUUGCUGAGGACUCACACAAAGAGCGGGGAAGGUCUGAAUGGGAAGGCAGCAGGGUUUGGUAGCAGCUUGUUCUUUCUCCCUGCACAUAACGUGGGAGUGGAGACGUGGGUCACUUGUCAGUCCUACGUAGCAAAAACGGAGCCUAAUUGCCAGCCAUCAUUGGCCGCGCUCUACCAAAAUUGCUGUAGCAGGUAACAAUUUUCUAUACUUUCAUUCCAGAAUGACAGUGUAGAAAGUGAAUCAUUCUUGUCAUGCUAAUUUCCCAGGUUUUGUAGUCCACGUGACUGCUUCUCCCCAGCUUUGUUCUCCUCCGGAGCAGCGGAGCUCGGCCGUCUGCGUCUUCCAGCCUUUGUUUCAGGGCAACAAGCAUUUGGGAAUGCCUGAGAAAUUGGGGCAGGAAUGACUCCACCGCAUUGUCAACCUGUUGGCUUCAGGGAGGGACUUAUAAAAUGGAGUGGAGGUGGAGGAAAUGGGGUGUAGAGCAAGAACCUGGUCAUUGGUUUUGCUGUGGAGGAGCUCUUAGCUGCCCAGAGUGCUGAAAAUCUUUAAUAUUUAAAGUCUUUUAGGUAAUAUCUAAAAUCUUUAAUAUCUCUGUGAUUCUGUAAUGGAUCUUUAUGAGACCAGAGGCACUCCAUCCUCUGGAUCAGCCCAUUCUUCUCCGAAGGGCCAACUUCACACUGGUGGUUCUACCUUCCAUUUCCAAUCUGUUGAUCCAACUUCACUCCUCUGAUAAGCUUAAAAUAGUGUCGUAGCCUAGCUUAAAAAUCUGCUUUGAGUCCUCCAGGCUCAAUCUAUUUAAAUAUUCCUCUUGCAAAAUGCAGCUCCUAGACGGACUGGUGCUGCAGGUAUGCCAAUGACUGUUGGCAGCCCCACAGCACCCUCCUGGCCAUCUCUAGCUAACCACAAAUCCCAAGGCUUUGAGUCAGCUCCUCCUUUCUGCUGGCUCCAAAUCCUCCUCCCCCCAUACCUCCUCUUGGCUUGGCUUCCCUACUUGCCAGCACAGCAAUCAUUACCUGCUCUGGCACUGAAAAAUAGUGAUUAAUCACGGCGACAGCUAUGCAGUGUCUUCCGGGGCACCUGUUAUUAAGUGGUAUAAGGCUGCCUUGCUGGAACCAGAGCUGUGUUUGCAGAUUAAAACUCCCUUUCUUUCUGCCCAUGCAGUCUCUUAUUAACCUGAGCUUUGCCAUUUUCAUGUUGAGCUGUUGCCUUGCGUGUGACUUAAUUCUGAAUCGUGGCCACCGUGUUCCUGUGGAUGUGACCUGGAUGUGUUUGUUGGGAUGCCUUCACGCUGCAGCCAAGGGCUUGGCAGAGAGGGGUGCAAGGGGUGCACUCAAGGGGAAUGGCUGUAAACUAGAAGAGGGGAAAUUUGGGUUAGAUGUGAGGAAGGACUUUGUCACACUGAGGGUGGUGAGGCUCCGGCACAGAGCUGUGCUUGCCCCAUCCCUGGAGUUGCUCUAAGCCUGGUUGGAUGGGGCUCUGAGCGCUACCAAUGGGAGAUACCUCUGCCCAUGGGGUGGGUCUUCCAGUCACACCUUCUUAUGAUUCCGUGGCAGCUCUCGAAAGGUUCUUCAAGUAAAGUCCACGUCCUCCGUUGGUGCGAAGAGCCUGGCAGAUUGCUAAUGCCAAACGUUCUCCUUUGGUAUCCUCUUUCCUCGGAAGGUUUGCAUGUAGUUCUCUCCCUCCACCACCUCCCACCAGCUCCACCACUGACACUGCCUUGCUGCCUGUGGUGCUGUGGACUUUCCUCUUGAACGUCAGCAGCCCCCUAACAAAGAGACCACCCUCUACGCUCAUGCGUAUGUUUAUCUCCCUAGAAAGUUGCCUCAGCCAUUAGGAAUCCCGUCAGCGAUGCAGUUUUCUUCACUCGUUCCCAUUUCUGAGCUGCAUCUCCCCGAAGGCCGCGCUCUACUUUGUUUCCUUCUCUCCUCUUCUUGCCCUUUGUGGGUUGAAAACACAACAUUUCCUUCAACUCACACUUGCGGAGGAGCUCCCAUUGCCUCUCUGUGCCUCUGUUUCUCACUUCUGUUUUGUUUCUGCUCUCUUGCUUCUUAGCACCUUCGUCUUCUUCCUUCUCAGCUUAAGCAAGAGCCGCUCAGCUGCCUCCUUCCCUGGGAGGAGAGGCUCGGGGCACUGACAGAAACAAACAAACAAAAAGAAAAAGAAGCAAAAACAGACAACAAACCAACCAACCAACCCAUAGAAACGAAAGAAAAUCCCUCCUGGCUGCUUUUCUGCGGCUCUUCCAGAUGCUCUUGGAUGGCUUCUCGCCUUGUGCCCAAGUUGCUUUUCCUCCUCUUCUCUGCUGUUUGUUGUUGUUGUUGUUGCUUUCUUUUUGCAGUGCUGAGCUCCUGCUACGUGCACAGAUUUUGCUGGUUGUUGUUUUUUUUUCCCCCCCUCUUCUUCCUCCCACCCCCGUUGUUCUCUCUGCUUCUGUUCUUUCCGUAUCCUGUAGGGAAAAGAUGUUUUCGUGCCUCAGAACCUCGUGGAGCCUUUGAUACAGGGCACACACGAGCUUCUUUCCAUCUUCUUCGUGCUGCUGGUGCCCUGUUGUGUCUUUCGGGUGACAGAUCCCUGCUGGCAGCUGAUCCCUGGGAAAAACUGUUAAUUUCUGCCAGUUGUAGGGCAAGCUCUUUGACUGAUGUGAGCUAAAGGGUGUCGGGUUUGGAAAAACAGACUGAAAAGAUGAAAAGAGUGUCCUCAGAUCUUCACUGGGUCCUCAGCAAAGUGGUCCUUGGUUGUGUUAAAUGUGACAAAAUCCGUACAGAAUCCUGGAGAUGUAACGGCGGCGUGGUGCGGAGCCUUCAGCAGCAACGUUUUGGGUGUCCCUGUGGUUGUGCAUCCUGAUGGCUUCCAAAUCUCCUAAAACCUGACCUUUUCCUUGUUUUUCUUUGCUGUUGUAUCCACGGUCUCAUUUUGACAACCCUGCGUUCAGAGGUUAUUGCUGAGUAUUUAGCAGACGAUUGCAGACAACUCCUAUCCAUGGCCAUCCGCUGCAUUUCUCUCAGGGCAAAACACAGCUUGUAUCCCUCCCAGGAGGAAUUUGCCCUUGGAGAGAAGUGUUUUGAGGAGCAGGUUGGAGCAGACUUGUGUAACUCAGCUCCCCGUAAUAGUGGGAUGUGAGGUUUUAUUAUGGGGAAGGGACGGCUCCGUGCAAUGAGACGGGAAUGGCGUGGCAGCCGACGGUCUGGGAACUGAACUAAGCAGGAUGGGGUAGGAGGAGGUAGUUUGAUGUGGUAGGAAACAAAUAGUGGUUGGUGUGGAGCUGCUUGGAGAUCUGGAGAUCGGAAGAACUUAAACCGGGUUCUUGCACUGUGUUUGAGAUGAAUUAUCAGUUUGGUAUGUUGGUGGACAGCGUUGUUUUGUCCUGCUGAUGAUCCCUGUGUUGGUUUUUGGAGAGUCUCCAGUGCAACUGCAAGCUAGGAGGAGAGGAAUGAUAGAAUCGUGAAACCACGGAAUGGUUGUGUUGGGAGGACCUUUAAAGAUCAUGGAAGCAUGGAGUGGUUGGGUUAGAAGGACCUUAAAGAUCAGGAAACCGUGGAAUGUUUGGGUUGGGAGGGACCUGAAAGAUCAUGAAACUGUGGGAUGGUUGGGUUGGGAGGGACCUUAAAGACUGUAGAACCAUGGAAUGAUUGGGUUGGGAGGGACCGUAAAGACUGUAGAACCAUGGAAUGAUUGGGUUGGGAGGGACCUUGAAGAUCAUAGAAUCAUGGAACAGUUGGGUUGGGAGGACUUCGAAGAUGAUGGAACUGUGGAAUGAGCUAGGUUGGAAGAGACGUUAAAGACUGCAGAACCAUGAGAUGUUUGGGUUGGAAGGGACAUCGAAGCCUAUCCAAUUCCAACCCCCAUGGGAAGGAACAGCUCCCAUUGACCAAGUGCCCAAACCCCAUCCGGUCUGGCCUUGAGGACCUCCAGGGAUGGGGUACUCACAGCUUCUCUGGGCAACCUAUUCUAGUGCCUCACCGCCCUCAUGGUUAAGAAUUUCCUCCUAACACCUGACCUACAUUUCCCCUCUUUUAGCUUAAAACCAUUCCCCAUGUCCUGUUGCCAUCAGAGCGUAUAAAAAGUCAAUCCCAAUCUUUUUACCCGAGCCCAAUCGUUCUGACAUAGUGCAGGAGGUAACCUUGGGCGUUGCUGGGGGCCGCACGUGGGGAGGUGACAUCCCUCAAUGACAGCUGCAGCAGAGCUUGGAGCAAAGCCUGCUUUGUGAUCCUGGUGCACAGGUACGUUAGAAAGUUAAUAAUGAAUGCAAAGGAGCGUGCUGGCUACUGGCAAUUAAGCACUGCUAACGAUGACAUUCCUCGUUGCCUCCCUCAUGAUUGCAGAGGGACGCUCCCGGUGCAGCCCCCUCGUGCCGCAGCCAUUUCACGAGCAUCUUCCAGCACAGUUAUGCAGCAAUAAAAAAAAAAUAAAAAAUUAAAUGCACAUCUUAAGGAGACAGAUUGCUGCCUUCAUCUGUCUCCUUGAUUAGCUGCCAGGGCUGCGCGUGUUACAGUAACUCCAUUCUUUUUCUUUUCGGUUCCUCCCGUAUAUCGCUAUCUGUUAUUGAAAUCCCAUUCUGCUGAGGGAUUUUGGGGCGUUUGGAAAGCUAUGCUGGCUCAACCUGUGUGAACCUUGGAGUGCUCGGGCUCAAAGGUGACCUGCAAAGCAAGCUACACUGCGGUGCUCUUCACCAAAAUCUGAAUUUUCCGUGUCUUUUUCAGAGGUUUCUAAGCAACCCCCCGCAAUCUUGUUUGUUUGGGCUUGGCACGGCCCCAGCAUCCUGUCUCCUCGGGUUGCCACCAGCUUCAGGAAGCUGCCUGCUGCCUUGGCGUGGAAGGAGUUUGUCUUCACAGUGCAAGUUUUCAAGUGCUUACAGUGGACGUGGUUAUUUGGCACGCUGCUUGCCCUUCCCUCCUUCUAGCCUGUUGCAGAUUGGAAAAUUCUCUUCUCUGAAAGUGUGGUCAGGCGUUGGCACGGGCUGCCCGAGGAGGUGGUGGAGUCACCGUUCCUGGAAGCGCUCAGGAAAUGUGGAGGUGUGACACUUGAGGACAUGGGUAGCGGGCAUGGCGGGAUGGGUUGGGGUUGGACUUGGGGGUCUCGGAGGUCUUUUCCAACCCUGAUGAUUCUGUGAGUGGAUGUGGUGGGGUGGGGUUGACGGUUGGACUUGAUCUUGGAGGUCUUUUCCAACCUUGAUGGUUUUAUGGCUCUAAGGUGGAAGAGCAAAACUCGUGGGCUUGGUGGCAUUUUCUUGGCUGCUUCUUUUGAGAUUAAUUACUUCUAAAAGUGGUGUUGUUUCACUGGCUUUCCUACCAUUACAUGGAGACCGAAUACAUCUCAAACUGCACAUAAUAAUAUCUUACUUCACAUGUGCAUAGCUUCUUGGAAAGGUGGCCCUGUCUGACCGUGAGGCUGGGCAAUGUUGGUUUUCCACCUGCAGGCGGGAGCCAUAGGAAUUCAUCUGCCGUUCAGAAAGACCUCUUGUGUAACACUGACAAUGAAAUGAAAAGAGAAUGUAUGCCAUCGAGAGCGUGUACUUACUUAGGUCUUCCACUGGUUCUCAGCUGAUUCUUGAGCAAUCUUUGGAAGUCCUCACAACCAAACUCUCCCAUGUCCCGACUGUGCCCAGCAAAGUGGAGGAACCCCAUCAGAUAUCUGAAAUCUUGAUGAUAUUAAACUGUUUCUAGCAAGUGUUCUCAUCCUAGCGUGUGAGCUAACUCUUAGUAUAUAGCUAUCCUGAGCCCUGCUGAGGGCAGCAUGCUUUCUAGCUAACAUUGAAGGUGGGUAGGUGAUGUCUUCUUGGCUUGGACAAAUGAGUGUCCAUUUGCUUGUAAGCCUGGGGCAAGAGAUCUGGGUGGUCUGAGCCUUUCUUGAACCAGUAAAGGUAGCCCUGGAUGGAAGGGAGGUUGUUCAGCUCUCUUAAUUCAAUGCCGGUGCAUUACUGGAGAUAAUUAAAAUUGCUCUUCAGCAAUCUGUAAUCGUCCGUCUUGUUCAUUUGCUGCGGUGUCACAAGUUGUAGGGGUCUGGUAGGGUGAGGACCUAUGGAGGCUGAUUCAGGUCCAUCCUGUUGGGAACAGGGCAGGAAUGGUGGUGGUGGUGGUGGUAUCCGGUAGGAAUCCUCUUCCUUCCCCAUUUAGUGACCAUGGGAAGUGGAUCUUAAAGCGGAGCAAAGUCUCUUCUGAUGGUACUGAACCAUUGAAUCAUGGAAUAUUCCCAUUUGGAAGGGAUCCUUUUGAUCCUGCACCGAUGGAAAGAACCCUCGUUGUGCCCUCUUUGUCAGGUGCAGAGCCAAAUCUAUCAUCUAUUUUUAUUAAAUAGAAUUAGCAGGCUAAUGCCCUAAUUAAGCAAGAUUUACAAUAAUCUCUCAGGCAGUGGAGCCGCGGCGUCCCUCCUGCUGGACUGAUCCCUUCUCCCCUCCCUUUUUCAGGAGGUUUUGUAAUAGGGCUUUUGCAAUGCCGCUUUGUGAAGCGCUUCUGUCUCCUUCUGACUAAGAGUUCGCUCACAGCCCGUCCCUCCCGGGGGGGGAGACGAGGAAAAGGGCCGAUGCAAUCUGGUGCCGUCAUCUUCUGUUGACUUCUACAUGAAUAUGUCUUAAGGAUUUUGUUUUGCCUUUUCUGGGACGCGAAAUUCAUGGAUGCAAACUUUAACAUUUUAGCUGCUCUCCUACGCUUUCCCGGCACGAACCACACGAGUGGGUUUGCUGCCCUUUCCAACCUCUGGGGAUGAAUAUCGCCUUUAUGGUGCUGCCUUUCAUCCCUUUGGCGUAUGUCCCUCAGCUUAACCACUGCUGGACGACAAAAUGAUGUUGUGAGGGCCGGAACAAAGAUGGGUGGCUCAAUGGGAGGACCCAGUGCCCAACUCUUUGGUGCUGAGCUUCAGUGGGAGCCCAGCCUCUACAAAAUAAAGUUGAGAACAGUUGCUUUGGAGGCAUCAGGAAUACGAGUCUGCUCUUGUAAUGCAACUUUAAUUCUUCGUAAGCAUAGGAGCAUCUCGUUUUUUCAGAGAUUCAGUCGUGCUUUGAGGAGUUUAUAUCUCCAUAAUAACAGUAAGGAUAGUCCAACGUAUCUUGGACAGAAGGACAAGUUCCGUGGCGAGCGUUGCAGGAGGAGCUGAGCGAUGAGAUGGUGGCGAACACAUUGUCCCAGGCAUGUGAAGAAAGGAAGGAGACUUGAGCUAAAACGAUGAGCGUGAAUCACUUGGGGCUCUGUCCUUUGUGAGUAAUGCUGUGAAUCUGUGGCUCUCACAGGAAUGCUCUCCCAGCCCACCCGCGCCACGCUGAGCGGCUGUAGAGCCGCGUCUCUGAGCUGCGCCUCCAGUUGGGUGAGCUGAAGUGUUGACGUCCUCGGGCGCUUGCUAAAAAUACGAGCACGCUUCCCCAUGUGCAGUAUUAGCACAGUUCAGCUCUUGUCUCUGGCAUCGCGGUUCUGUGAGGAGCCAAGCGGGCACACACGUUGGAGAGAAGGAUUUGUCAUCCGCAAGCUGUCGUGGUUCCGUGACCCUCCUGUGCUGGGGGGAAGCUCUGCAGGUUGCAAAUUUCCAUCGUGGUCACCAACAUCAGAGGGGGAUGAGAAUUAUUGUUUUUACUGCACCGUGCGGAGCACCCGAUGGAAUAAAGUUAUCGGGACCGUGGGGAAAAGGAAUUAUAAGGCGUAAUACCGCGAGUUCAGCUGUUCUGAAAGACACCUUAAACUCGAAUCAUUAUUUUAUUUGUUCCUGCUGUGCAAGCAUAACACGCAAAGCUGACAGUGGGGACUCUGACCUGAGCUGGCACAGCUCUGUAUGCGCCUAUAGCCAACUGGGCCUGAAAAUUCUCCUCUUUGCUCAGCGGUCGGCAUGAGAGUGGCUUUUCCCUUCUGACUUUCACAUCUGGCAGUGUUGGGCUGAAGGGAUGGUGCAGCACUGAAUGGCCUUGGGGGUCUUGCAGGGCUGGUGAUGGAAGGAUGGAUGGGCUGGCGGGCACAACGCAGUUGGCUUUGGGCUCCAGUAUUCCUUGUUUGAACUGGAGUGGGUGGGAAGGACGGAAGGCACUGCUGGGAUGUUUGAUUCCUUGUGUUCCCGCUGUUAGAUGCGGAAGGUUAAGUAGAGAUCAGAAGCAAAUAGGGGUCUUUGGCAGAGGCAGCCGUGCUCCUCGGGAGCUUUUUGACACUCUGGGAGGCACUGAAGGAAGGCUGAAAUUUGCAGCUCGAAUGCGAGCUGCGAUCUCGCUUGAUUGAGCAUUUACAAUGCAUCUCGAGCAAAAUGAAAGCUUUGAAAUCUCCCGGAGGAGGAGAGGCACGAAGGCAGCAGGGCCGGAGGGCACGGAAACAGCAACUUGUGAGCCCCCGAGGCGCUGCCUCACCCCAUCAGAACGGUUCCACGAGGGAACAAGAGGGCCAUUGUGGGAUGGGUGCUCAGCCAGAUGUUUCCAGCGACCUCGACAAUGGCUCUUUUCAUUUCCUGUGCCUGAAAUCAGAUUGGUAUCGCUCUGAAAUGAAGGGAGGCGGGCGGUGGUGGCUGCAGCCCCGGGUAAGGAGCCUGUUUGCUGCAGUGAAUGUCCCACAAGAGCGAGGGUGGCGGUGGAGGCUGUGUUGGACCAGGAAGAGGGAAUAAAUACCCCGGAUCUGUCCGAAGUGCGUGGCCGGGGCUAAUAGGAGGGCCGGCUAGCUCUAACUUCGCUUAUCCUUGCCCGCCUUGGGGAAAACGCGACGUGGGUUGGAUUCCGGAGACCCCUAAAUGCCAGGAUUCGUCUCAAAUGUUUGGCUGGAAUGGGUGGAAAUCAUCGAACCUCGGACCCGGGAGCGCAUGUACGCCAACCUGAUCACGGGGGAGUGCGUGUGGGACCCGCCAGCCGGCGUGCGCAUCAAGCGCACCAAUGAGAACCAAUGGUGGGAGCUCUUUGACCCCAACACCUCCCGCUUCUACUACUACAAUGCCACCACGCAGCGCACGGUCUGGCACCGCCCGCAGAACUGCGACAUCAUCCCUUUGGCCAAACUGCAGACCUUGAAGCAGAACACGGAAUCGCCGCGAGCGUCCACCGAGAACAGCCCUGGACGGAGCAGCAAUGUCAGCAGGGAGGGCAGCACCAGCUCGUCCCUGGAGCAGGAGUUGGAAGGCAACGAGAAAGCGGCCGAGACGACGAGGUCGAGCCGGCAAUCGGCCCCGUAUGCUGCAGUGAAGGAAGAAACGGAAAGUUCAUCGCCCUCCGGAGUGUUUGAGAAAGAGUGCGACAUUUAUCGGGAUUACAACGCGGAAGGUCAACUCCUCCACUACAGGACGUCCUCACUGCGCUGGAACGCCGGCACCAAGGAGCGGAUGCUGAUCAAGGUGACGGACCGUGAGCCCAGCUUCCUGCUGCACCAGGGCAACGGCUUCGGCCCCGACGCCGCUCCAUCCGCGCGCUCCCGCCGCCCCUCGGGGGGUCAGCAGUCCCCCAACCUGCAGAGCUUCGCCCCCGACGCCGACAACUCCGUCUUCUUUCCGGAGAGGAAACCUUCACCCUACCUGAAGAGGGCUGAGCUGGCGGGGAGCUGCUCCCCUCUGCUGGGUCGGGGCGAUUCUUUUUGCUCCCCGCUACAGAGCCAACACCACCGCAAAGCAUCGAGCGAAUCGCAGCCCUCAUCGCCGCGCUACGCCUACGAGCCGCCGCUCUACGAGGAGCCCCCCAUGGAGUACCAAGCACCCAUCUACGACGAACCCCCCGUGGACAUGCAGUACGAGGCCGGCGGGGGCUACAAAGCCGCUUCCCCCCAGAAGUCACCCAUCCGGAAGCCUCACCCCUUCCUCCAGUCGCCCAAGCAAGGCUCCAACUCGCCCUACCAGCAGCUGGUUCUCACCAAGCAGAAGUGCCCCGAUCGCUUCAUGAGCCUGGAAUACAGCCCGGCGGGCAAGGAGUACGUCCGUCAACUGGUCUACGUCGAGCAGUCGGGCUCCAGCCCCAAGAUGAAAUCAGGGCCACGCCACAAAUACUCCCCCAACCCCAUUGGGGGUUCCUACUCGCUGCAGCACAGCCCAUGCCUUCUCCGCGAGCAGCGUGCAGACCUCAAAUCGGGCGACUACAGCAGCAUGGAGGCGGCCGACUUCUGCCCCGACGACUCCAUGUCGUGGUCCAGCCAGCAGGACACCAUGUCCUCCACCGGCUACUCGCCCUCCAACAGGAAGAGGAAGAGCCGAAAGCCUUCGCUGCCCCACCACGAACCCAACGCUCCGUCGGCGGAAGGGGAGCGGGACGGGGCGGACGAGGAGCGAUGCGGAUCCGCUCGCGCUCAACUCAACCGCGCGGAGAGCAAAGCGGUGGAAGCAGAGGGGGAAGCGACGCGGGGCUUCGCAGAGCCCUUCCUGGCACAAGCACGCCUGGCCUGGGAGGCCCAGCAAGCCCACUAUCACAUGAAGCAGCGCAGCAGUUGGGAUUCCCAAAAGGAUGGGUCGGGCUAUGAGAGCGACGGGGCUCUGCCGCUGCCCAUGCCGGGCCCCGUGGUGCGCGCGUUCAGCGAGGACGAGGCGCUGGCACAGCAGGACAGCAAGCACUGGAAGAGGAACACCUUUGAGAAGUUGGGUUUCCCUCAGAUCCUGCUGGAGAAGAGCGUCUCCGUGCAGACCAACCUGGCGUCCCCCGAGCCCUACCUGCAUCCAUCGCAGUCUGAGGACCUGGGUGCCUGCGCCCAGUUUGAGAACAGCCGGCAGACCAGGAACAUGAUGCCCAGCGCCAGUUGCGUCUUCCCCACCUUCAACCUCCGCAAACCCUCCUCGGAGACGGACAUUGAGAACUGGGCCUCCAAGCACUUCAACAAGCACACGCAGGGCCUCUUCCGCCGGAAGGUGUCCAUCGCCAACAUGUUGGCGUGGAGCAGCGAGUCCAUCAAGAAGCCCAUGAUUAUGACCAACGACCGCAACGUCAAGAAGGAGGCGUGCGAGAUCUUCAAGCUCAUCCAGAUGUACAUGGGCGACCGGCGAGCCAAGACGGACCAACUCAACGUGGCCUUGGAGAUCGCCACCAAAGGGUGGAGCAUGCAGGGCCUGAGGGAUGAGCUCUACAUCCAGCUGUGCCGGCAGACCACCGAGAACUUCCGAUACGAGAGCCUGGCGCGCGGCUGGGAGCUCAUGGCCAUUUGUUUGGCCUUUUUCCCACCCACUCCCAAAUUCCAUUCCUAUCUCGAAGGAUAUAUUUACCGGCACAUGGAUCCGGUGAAUGACACCAAAGUGACACGGCACAUUAGAGAGCUCCUGGAAAGGAACACUAAGAAGAAACCCAAAUUGCGAAAGAAACCCAAGCCCCACCCCGAGGAGCACGAUGGGGUGGCCAUCAGCACGUAUGCCAAGUACUGCUACAACAAGCUGCAGAAGGCAGCCCUCACCGGAGCCAAGAAGGGCCUGAAGAAGCCCAACAUCGAGGAGAUCCGCCACGCCAAGAACGCCGUCUUCAAUCCCUCCAUGUUUGGGAGCUCCUUGCAGGACAUCAUCGCCAUGCAGAAGGAGCGCUACCCCGACCGGCAGCUGCCCUGGGUGCAAACGCGCCUCUCCGAGGAGGUGUUGGCACUCAACGGGGAUCAGACGGAAGGGAUCUUCAGAGUCCCCGGCGACAUCGAUGAGGUCAACGCUCUGAAGCUGCAGGUGGACCAGUGGAAGAUCCCCACCGGCCUGGAGGACCCCCACGUUCCCGCGUCGCUGCUGAAGCUGUGGUACCGGGAGCUGGAGGAGCCCCUCAUCCCUCACGACUUCUACGAGCGCUGCAUCACCCACUAUGAGAACCCCGAGGCGGCCGUCGCCGUCGUCCACUCUCUGCCCAGGAUCAACAAAAUGGUGCUGUGCUACCUCAUCCGCUUCCUCCAGGUGUUCGUGCAGCCGGCCAACGUGGCCGUCACCAAGAUGGACGUCAACAACCUGGCCAUGGUGAUGGCCCCCAACUGCCUGCGCUGUCAGUCGGACGACCCCCGCGUCAUCUUUGAGAACACCCGCAAAGAGAUGUCCUUCCUGCGGGUCCUCAUCCAGCACCUGGACACCAGCUUCAUGGAGGGCGUCCUAUAGCGUCACCCCACGACCGUCC